CACUCUCUUUAUCUCUCUCUCUCUCUCUCUCUCUCUGAUAGCUCAUAAAAAGAGAUACAAAUGGAGCUUGUGAACAAUGGUCCUCCUCCUAAUGUAAUUACUACUACUACGAAACCAGGUUUCAGGGUUGCAAAGAAUGAAAAUGUGGAUGUUCGUCCACUUGCAAGCUUUCAUCCAUCUCUUUGGGGAGAUUACUUCAUCACAAAUCCUUCAUUACUUUCUACACAUCAGGAACCAGAGGAACAGAUGAAACAAAGGGUGCAAGUACUAGUUAAAAAUGUAAAAAUUUUGAUAAAAGAUGCAAGGGGUUCAAUGAUAGAGGAGAUGCAACUCAUUGAUGCACUCCAACGCCUUGGUGUGGCUUAUCACUUUGAACAAGAGAUCAAUGAAGUAUUAUGCUCCAUUAAUAAUAAUAGUUCUUCUCACCAUCCAUACAGUGAUGAUGAUCUUCAUUUUGUUGCUCUUCGAUUUAGAUUACUAAGACAGCAUCGCUAUUAUGUACCACCAGAUGUCUUUAACCAGUUCAAGGAUGAGAAAGGAAAGUUCAAAGAAGAAGUGAGUAAUGACCUGAAGGGCAUGUUAAGCCUAUAUGAAGCAGCUUACCUUGGAAUCCCCGGAGAGGAUGAGUUGGAUGAAGCCAUUAAUUUCACAAGAAGCCAUUUGCAGUCACUUAUGAAGCACCAAGGGCCAAGGCUAGCACAAAAAAUUGAGCAUGCACUGGAGACGCCGUUGAGAAGGAGAAUGAGCAGACUGGAUGCCAGGUUGUACAUAUCCGUUUAUGAAGGAGACACUGAAAUAAGGAAUGAUGUUGUGCUUGAGCUUGCAAAGCUUGAUUUUCACAUAUUGCAAUUGCUUCAUAGAGAGGAGGCCAAAAGGAUCAGCAUUUGGUGGAAAGAUGUAGGUGUGCCAACAAAGCUUACAUUUGCUAGAGACAGGAUAGUAGAACUCUGUUUCUGGGCAUUAGGCGUAUAUUUUGAGCCCCAGUAUUCAAGGGCCAGGAUGAUGUUGGUAAAGGUGAUAGCUAUCCUUUCCCUUAUGGAUGAUGUUUAUGAUUCCUAUGGCACAAUGCCUGAGCUCCAACAUGUUACUGAUGCAAUUCAAAGGUGGGACUUAAAGGCUGCUGAUGAGAUGGAAAAUUGUCUACGAAUAGCUUUCCAUGCCAUAUAUCAGACAAUGGGAGAACUUGAAGAUGAAGUACUCAAGGAUGGCAAUCUUUACCGCAUUGAUUACCUCAGAAGAGAAUUUGGAAAGAUGGCAAUUGUAUACCUAGAAGAAGCCAAAUGGAGAGAUGAAUGUUAUUUACCAUCACUGGCGGAACAUCUGGAACUAUCAUUAAAGACCUCUGCUUACCAUGUUGUUGCUUGUGCCACAUUCCUUGGUAUAGGAGAAAUAGCAGGGAAGCAGUCAUUUGAUUGGGUCACCAGGUUUCCUCAAAUUAUCAAAGAUGUAUGCAAGAUAUCUAGGCUCAUGGAUGAUGUCGGGGGUUAUGAGAUUGAUGUAAAGAUGGGAAGACAACAUGUUGUUUCGACAAUACAUUGUUGCAUGAAUGAGUUUGGAGACUCACUAGAAGAGGCAAAAGCAAGAUUAUUACAUUUGGUGGAGGAUGCAUGGAAGGACAUCAAUAAAGAGUGUUUACAUCUAACUAUACCUUCUGCUCUACUUGUCAGAUUGGUUAAUCUUGGUUGUGUGAUGGAAACCAUCUAUAGAAAGGUAGAUGGAUAUACUGAGUCAAGUUCAUUAAAAAAUUCCAUCUCAUUAUUGUUGGUUAAACCAAUUUUAUGUUGAAGCUCGAAUAUGUUGUAAAACAUCAUCCAUACCUCAGUCCAGCAUUGUACAACUUGCUGAAGUUGAUUAGAAGUAGAUCAUGCCUCACCUAAUAUGGAGUGCAAGUAUGCAUGGAAGACUUGAGGUCAAGUUAGAUCAUUUCAAUCUUUGUAAUGUA